GUAGCGGUUUAAUCAGUGCCUUUUGUAGGUGGAAGCAACCGGUCACGUUUUUAGUGUUGAAUGUUUUGGAAUAAAUAUUGUAAUUAAUACGUCAAUUUAUGUGAUAGGUAAUUUUUUUAAUAUUAAAAAUUAUAAAAUUUUAAGAAUCCAUUACUUCCCGCUUGCACGCAUUGAAGUAAUAUAAUAUAUUUGUUGUAAGGAAAAAAUUAACAAGAAAAGUCUACAAAACUCGAGGAAAAUCAAAAAUGGCCUAUUCGGACCCCAUAAAUGGUGUUCCCCCAAAAGAUAAUGGAUUCGUCUCGAAAAUGUCCGACCAAAUUUUGGAAUUUUGGAAUUAUAAUUUAUAUACCGAUGUGAUCUUUGCUUGGAGAUGCUGCGUAAAGCGUGUUAAGGCUCAUCAGAUUGUCUUGGCUGCUUCCAGUAUUUACUUCCAAUCUUUGUUCAGUGUAAUUCCGGGCGAGAAGAAACUAAUUUAUAUCGAUGACAUUUUUGUGGGCACAUUUUACGAACUUGUAAAAUACUGUUAUACCGGCGAACUUGUUGUGAAUGCUCUUAAUGCUGAUGAAUUGUUAAGAGGAGCUAGAAUCAUGAAACUCAAAGGCGCCAUAGACAUUUGCUUGCGGUAUAUGCACAAUCGAACAGCGGUACAGCAAAACAUGCUAACUCCACCAACAACUGUACCGAAAAUAGCCGGCAUGAACACAACAGCAACAAUAUCGCAAUACAUACCGUACGUUGCGGGGAAGCGCAAUGAUGAUCUACAAUGGCCGAGGCUUUUAAAAGGUAAAGGCUCAUCAAGCCCGGUUGAAAAUGUCAUUACUCAAAAACAAUGGGGUCCAAAAGGUUUUCAAAAAAACAGUGGCUUACACCCUAAGAUACCGUCGGCGUUCAAUUCAUUCACUUUCUCGCCUUCAAUUUCAACCGACAUUCGGAACAUGUUUUCGUCAAGUCAAAGUGUUGCCAGCAGCAAUGAAACGUCAGAGUCCAACUGGUCCAGAGAUUCAACUUCACCCAUGAAUCCUGGAGAUAAAUUUGUUGCCAAUAUAGAGAGUUCUAUAAUAGCAAAGCAAUUAUACGAGGCAACAACUGAGGGCAACGAGAACCGUUUCAUUGGCAGGGUAGAUAACAUAUGGGCGUAUUAAAUCUUCAAGACGAAAAAAAUGAAAUCAUCUUCAUUAACAACAACUACAUUACGAAAAAUGUAGCAUUUUUAAGGACUGAUGAUUAUGCAUGGAAUUUUACUUUACUAAAUCUUUCUGAGUAUGAAAAAAUCUACAUUCAGUAAAAAACUGUGUUUAUAACGGUUUAUUUAUGUUUCCACUAUGGCAUAAAUAGAAGGGAACAACGUUUGGCCGAAAGAAGACGCAAAGGCGCAUCAAAUGUUGAGCGCAAAUAAAAAUUGUAUGUUCUUGUGCUGUUAAAGUUUAUAAGUGUUUAAAAUAUAUAUAUAUAUAUGCGUACAUAUGUAUUUGUUGAAAACUACAAUAUAAAUGUUAAAAA